UGUUUCCCCAAGUUUCACUUUAUCAACAACAAGAAGCUUUGCUCACAGUGAGGACGAGGGGUUUUUUUAACGCAAGCAAUCAGAUAAUUGUCCAAAAAACCUUCAGUAUCAACAAUGUUUAUGACUGAUCACAAACACGACAGCUUCGGUGCGAAUUAGACGCUGAACUUUGGACCCAUAUCGCCUUUUAAAUAAUUCCGGAAGACAAAUAUUGCAUAUAUGUUGCAAUCGAAACUUGGAAACCAAAAGGUGAAGGGUGCGGUUUAAAGUCAUGAAGUGGCCAUGAUAAGUAAAUCUUGAUUAUUACGUACACUUCAACCUUAUCAUGGCUGUCUCAGCCAUCCCAGAAUGGAGGGAUAAGAUGGCAGGAGAGCAGCAAGUGGAGGAUGAGUUUACCUGCCCAGGUGUGUUGCAGGGCUCUCUGCUAUCCCUGAAACCCACAGUGGAGCGAGUGUUUGGUGUGACUUUGAGAAUUGGUGGGGAAGACAGCGCAUAUGCCUCUCAGGAUGGACAAAUUUGGCUCCAAUUGAAGGGAAGAAAACGAGAAGUUGAGGCAGCAAAGCUUUUUAUAAAAGGUGUUGUGAACCAGGAGGCUCAGAAGGAAGUUCAAUAUCCACAUGUCCUUCAGUGUGUGUUUUGUGGUGCCAAGGGGUUAUUUAUCGACUGCCUGGUUAGAAAUACCUCAGCGCAUAUAGUGGUGGGCUCAGUAGGUUGUCUCCUCAUCUCCGGGUUGGCCGAGCCUGUUGUGAAGGCCUACUCCCUUGUUAUAGACCUGGUAGACAAGUACAAUUCUAGCCAAGCACAACACUCUGAAGCAAGAAGUGAGUCCAUGGAUUCUCGUCGGGUCUUCAAAUCUCUGGUGGAGAGACUGGAGGACAGUCACUCUCUAGAACUGCUGGUCUUGCCAGUGAUGGUUAAAGAAGUUCUUCUGGACUUAGUUAAGCAGUCAGGACUAGAUCCAAACACUUUGGACAGUGGUGUAGUUUCAGCCGGAGCCACAAAACCUCUAAAACUUCAGGAGCGCAUGGAUAGACUGAUGCUAAGAGAAUCUAAUGAGGACCAGAACCUUGAUAUUUUAAAGAGUGCCACCAUUUCUCCCAGAGCAAAUGGAACACCUUUUUCUAAUUUAGCAGAUUAUACAGGAAGUCGCCUCUUCCGCUCUUUGGUAGCAGGCACAGAUCCAAGGCCUGGUGCUACAAGUGCAGAUAUAAAUAAACAAGACAGAGAAGUGCAGAAGUGGUCUGAAGGUGUAUCCUGUGAUAUAGAGGAGGAAAGAGAGUCAAAUCAGGAGGAUCAACAUGGAGAAUGCCUGUUGUCUACAGCGAGCAAACAAGAAAAUGAGCACCUACUUAAAUUUUUCACUGCAAUGGGCUUCAAUGAUGAAGUAGUAUGCAGGGUUUUAGCCCGUACUGGACCCAGAGAACCCUCCCAGGUUCUUGACCUGAUCCAGCAAGAGCAAGAUAAAACAGUGAUUCAGAUCAUAAAGCAGGAGGUGAAUGGGGCUCCAGGGGCCAAAGAUGAGGAUUUUGUCCUUGGUGUGAUGAAGAAAGCAGCAGCCAGCUGUGGGUACACAGAGGACAAGGUGGCUGAGAUUUACAGCAACCUCCCUGAAUUGAAACCACAUGAGCUGAUCCUGGAACUACAGAGAAAGGGCAUGAGAGAACCCAUUGGCAGGAAUGACAGCAAGAGAAAGACAGCAGAAGAAAUAGAGGAGCAGAGGAGAAAUGCACCCAUUCUUCAAAGAGCUGAAGAAAGUCCUUUAAAGGAAGAGAAGAAAACUGAGAGAAUUAAUGGGAAGAGUGGAAUGACAAAUAUAGAAAAGACUGAGAAUGACAGAAGAGUAAGUUUAGAAGGAGUGACUAAAAAGAAGCAGGAUGGGAGAGGGAGGUCAAGUGUAGGACCGAGGACGCCAGAACAAUUAACUGAGCCAAACAAGAUGGACUUGCCAGGCACUAAACCAGAUAUUUUUUCAUCUUCUCAAAAUCAGCCCCCAUUCCAUACUAUUCCUCAUUCUGUAUGUGGCCCUCCUCAGCCAACUUACCCAUCUCCACUGCACUCCAUCUCAGAAGAAAAAAUUGCCCCAGUAGAGCCCACUUUCCACAGGCCUAAGCACAAACCUCUACCAAGCAAAGCAGGUGCAGUCAUCACCGGACAACAGCGCUUCUUGGAAGGCUUAGAGACACCAUUUGUCCUCAAGCUGAAGGAUGACCAUGGUGACCCAGGGCUGCGGCAGAUCAUCAUUGAUGGGAGCAAUGUUGCCAUGACGCAUGGUUUGGGAAUAUUUUUCUCUUGUCGAGGCAUUGCUCUGGCUGUGGAGUACUUCUGGAACCAAGGUCAUCGUAAAAUCACAGCACUUGUUCCUCAGUGGAGACAGAAGAAAGACCCAAAGAUAAAAGAGCAGCACUUUAUGGCACAACUGCAGGAUCUUGGUCUCCUCUCGUUUACCCCAUCUAGAGAAUUUAAAGGACAGAGGAUAAAUUCCUACGAUGACAGAUUUAUGCUGCAGCUUGCAAGGCAGACAGAUGGAGUGAUUGUAACGAAUGACAACAUGAGAGACCUUGUGGAUGAGUCUGUUGGAUGGAAAGAAAUCAUCAAGAGAAGGCUGCUGCAGUACGUGUUUGCAGGGGACCUCUUUAUGGUGCCAGAUGAUCCUCUAGGCCGAAGUGGACCCCACAUUAAGGACUUCUUACGGACACAGAACAGCUCCCCUAUUCCAAGCAGUCACACAUUUGCUGGUAUGGCCUCAAAUUUCCCCCAACACUCCUCUCCACCCAGAGCUCAGACGGAAGUGCUGAAGUACCGUGAACGGACACCUGGGGGCAUCAGCAGAACUCACGGGUCAGUCAGUGGUCAUUCCCAGGGCGGAAAAGAGAUGGAGAGGUCAGCAGAGGAGACCGUCAGGCUGAAACAGGAUUUACUGCAGAUUUUUCCAGAGCAGGAGAGUGUGGUUACAAUGACCCUACAGUGCUACCCAACUCUUACAGACAUCAACCAAUUGUCUUAUUUCAUUCUGGAUCAAGUAGAUACCGAGGAUUAGAAGACCAUGAAUGUAAGUUUGAAGUGAGAGAGACUGGCUCAAUAAUAUAACAAUCUGUGAACUGUUAGUUAAUUGCAGUGCUAAAUUAGCAAAUAGAGUAUUCAGUGGCUAGGAUUUGAAUGUCUCCUUAAUGUCUACAAUCCCAAUUCCAAAAAAGUUGGGACGCUGUUUAAAAUGUCAAUAGAAACAGUACCAUGAUUUGCAAAUCUCAUGAACCCAUAUGUUAUUCACAAUAGAACAUAGAAAACAUAUCAAAUGUUUAAACUGAAGAAAUGUACCAUUUUAAGAAAAAAAUAAGGUAAUUUUGAAUUUGAUGGCUGCAACACAUCUCAAAAAAGUUGGGACGGCGCCAACAAAUGGCUUGAAAAGUAAGUAUUACUAAAAAGAUACAGCUGGAGGUUAAUUGGGAACAGGUCAGUAACAUGAUUGGGUAUGAAAAGAGCAUCUUAGCGAGGCAGAAUCUUUCAGAAGUAAAGAUGGGGAGAGGUUCAUCAAUCUGC